AUUGAUAGCCUUAUCGACAUGGAUGGGGUCGUAAUGAGAUUCAGGUCCAAAUCAUUCGCAUUUAGAAGACGAGACAUAAGUCAGAAAAGUCCACAAAAAGAGUGCAUCAAAAUUAGAUGGAAGGAUGAUUUCCGUCGGCGGUGUUUAAGCACUCCGGCAUCAGAUCUAUCUGUUCGAAGGGAUGUAUUCAGCCGGCGUCAUUACGGAUCCGUAGAGCUGCUGAACGCUGUAGACGGGGAUUCGUCCAACCAAUGUGCCGGGAGAUUCCGCUUGGAGUCUGGAGAGAGAGAUGGAGAGGAGCCAGUUUCCAGUCCACUCAACAGUCCAAUACACUUGGAAAAUCCCGAGUUUCAUACCCGGUGGUAUUUCAAAUACUUCCUUGGAAAACUACAUCAAAAUUAUGUGGGGAUGGACUCCGAAAAAGAACCCUACUUACUGUCUGUCAUCGUAACGGAUGCUAACAAUCACAAUGUACCUCAGUACCGGGCCGUACUCUGGCAGAAGUCGGGUGCGAAAAGAAUCUGUCUUCCGUACAAUCCGAGUAAACCACAGACAGUCAAAGGUAUUAUCAGUCAUUUUGAUAUUUCGCGAAUAGACAAGGUACCCAAGGAACUAUUUGACCCAGAGAUCCAGAAAGAGUUGCUGGUACUGGAGGAACAAGAGGGUUCGGUGAAUUUCAAGUUCGGAGUAGUUUAUGCCGAAGAGGGACAAGCCUGUGACGACGAAUUCUACAGUAAUGAGCAGGGAAAUGCGGCCUUUGAGAAAUUUCUUAGACUCCUCGGAGAAAGAGUAAAAUUAAAAGGAUGGGGGAAGUUCAAGGCAGGACUGGAUGUUAAAUCUGAUUCCACAGGAGACGAAUCUGUAUAUACCGUGUAUGAGGGCCAUGAAAUCAUGUUUCACGCAUCCACACUACUACCACAUUCCAAGGAGAACAAACAGCAGGUGGAAAGGAAGCGCCACAUUGGAAACGAUAUUGUAAAUAUUAUAUUUUAUGAAUGUGAAACCUCUUCAUCUGCAAGUUUCAAACCAUCCAUGAUGAAAACUCGCUUCACACACAUCUUUGCUUUAGUGACCUACAUUAAAGAGGAUGAUACCUAUCGCUUACACGUCUACUCCGAGGAGUCUGUGCCAUUAUUCGGACCUCCAUUGCCAUCACCACCGGUGUUUUAUGACCAUCAAGAAUUCAGAGAUUUUCUUCUCGUUAAGUUAAUCAACGGAGAAAAAGCAGCUGUGAAUAAUCCACUUUUUGCUCAGAAGAGGGAAAGAACUAUCGAGAUGUUGUUAAAAAAUAUCUACCAAGAUUUCAUGACGGAGUGUAACAAGUUAUACCGCAGAGCAUUCAGUGACGUUCUACAAGAAUCCCAUAGUUCCCGCCAUAAGGAGGACGCACGCAGAGUCGAAUUUGUCAGAGUUGGACAGACAUUAAAACUCAAAACUAUAAUAAAAGGAGAUGCUCCAACGAGUUUGAUUACUACCGGAAUCCUUAAAAGAGAGCCCUGGGAACCACAGCAUAUAUAUAUGGAUUUCCAGCAUCCUAUUCAUUGUGGCGAUUCAUGGGGUGACAAACUGGUGCUUGCUACAGAUGCUGGAACAGUUGUACUUGAAGAGGGUUUGCCGCCCAGAACAAUAUUUGACAGGACAGUUUUGGUGAAGCAAUUAACUAUUGUUGAAGCGCACGGACUCCUUGUGCUGAGAAGUGAGAAAGGGAAAGAUAGCAAGGUCCAUGUUUUUCGAUUGUUGGAUUUUGAAGGAGAAUAUAACGAACACACUAUUCGAACAAGGCUAGAUUGCCGAGAACAUAGGCUCGACAGAACCAAGGGUUGUCAUAUAUACGCCUUAAGUAGGCCUGGAACUAGUCAUCUACGUAUGGUGGUAGCGGUACAGAGACGUUUACUGCUGUUCACUUGGAAGCAUUCUGCUGUCUGGUCUGCCUGGUGUCCUACUGUUGAUUUCGAAAUAGCAGACGGUUUCAGCUUUGUAAGGGAAUUAUAUACAGAUGAGCAGCCAUCCUUGGUAACACUGAUAGACGGAAAUAAAGAAGACAACCAAAUAUGUGUGGGAUAUAAAAAUCAAUUCGACCUUAUCAAUGAAAAAAAUGGCGAUACCCUGCAGUUGUACCAUGUCGAAGCCAAUAAGGUGAAACUCGUAUCUGCUCUGGAUAUAUACGAGGAUGAAGAAGCAGAACUACUUCUGUGCUACAAUCAUGUGAGUCAUUUCCAAAAGUUAAGUGAGGAAACAUCACAUGAUUUUGACUUUCACUGGAACAGCGAACCACAGGCGAUCGUGUGUGCCUUUCCCUACGUCAUGGCGUUUACACAAGACACAAUAGAAAUUCGUCUGAUCAUUAACGGUAACUUGGUCCACACCAUGACUCUUCCUGACCUCAAGCUUUUCACAUCAAAGUGCGACAUAUACUUCGCUUCAACUGUUGGAACCGGCUUAUCACCGACCGAGAAAACGAGAGGGGAAAAAGAAAGUGCCUCCUACUCACCUCCUCCAUCGCCAUCAGGUAAGAGCCGUGUGAACUCACAAAGUAUCUUCAAGAUUCCGCUCUCGUGCCUUGCUGGGCAGAUGCAAACUGACAAGUCACCUCAUGGAUCUCCAUCGUCACAAUGUGCCACUCUUCUGGCUCCAAUCCUAAAUAAUGGAGACAAGUCACCCCUACAGUCUAAACGGAGUCCUCUAAUCCGAACGAAAUGUGUUAACACACAAGACAAGGAGAAAGAUCGGCAUGACUCUUCAAGCUCCGACUCUGGAAUAAACAUACUAAAGCCAACAGAAGGGGCAAGCAGUCCGCCUCAAAGUCCUUAUCAGAAGUGUGUGGGACAUAUAGACUUCGCAGAUCAUGAUGUUCUUUGACAAAUAACUGAGUAACAUUUUAUAAACACACUUAGAUAGGAGGUUUAGCAGAAACUGUAAAGUCUAAGCUCUGGCAUAUUUGUACGAUAAUUCUGCGGAGUAAUUGCAUCCGCAACUUCAUUCUAGGUCAAGUGAAAACCAGAAAGAGAAGUAAACAUCAGAACCAACAAACGUAUCAUUGAACUUCACACGUGUCACUGAUAUAGAAUAAUUUGCAAACUGAUAUGGAAAGUACGACUGAUACAGAAAUGUCACUUAUUUCACAACAUAAUGGUGUGUUAUAUCGUUAGUUUAGGUGUAGGCAAAGGUACGUGGCGUAGAGAUUUUGAUGUACUUAAACGGUUAGGUUGCAAUAGGUGUGACAAUAGUAUGAUAUGUCGUUAAAAUAUUGUCAACUAGCAAUUCAGUCACUUUAAUGAUUUGUGCUCACAUAUUUUGCAUAAAUCAUAUUUUAACGUGUACUAGUUAAUACAAAUAGGAUUUUCCCGUCUAAAUUUCCUAAUCUAUCAAAACAUACACAUGUCUUAGUAUUUAAGAAUGGUAGUGUAUGGGAACAUAAAUAUUUAUAUAGAAGUCUCAGGUCAGAGCAUUUAUCACCCGAAACUAUGUACAGACUUGAAAAAAUCUUGCUUGAUUCUUUCCAAUAAGUCUACAGUUUAAUAUAGCAAUGCCAUCACAUCUCAAAUCUCCGUAACAGCCAUAACGUGAUAAAUGUGGUGUACAUUUAGGAGUCAAUGUGCUUUUCAAUACGAACGUUUAACAAUAACACAGAAUAAUGAUUCAAUGUUUGAGUAAAUGAAACGACUACGCGAUACACAAUUAAGAGUCGACGUUGUAGUAAUCAAAACAAUAAAAAAUAACAACGUGUCAAUAAAGUCACAAUCAAAGCUCAAAUUUAAUCAACUAGGACCAAAUAUGAACGAAGAAAUAUUUACAAGAACGCACUUGGAACAAACGCACAAGAGAAAUAAAACAAGAUGUUCCUGAAGAGUAAGCGGUUUUUGCUUCCUCGAAGACAACCGCGAUGGAAAUCACUUCUAUGCUCCAGAGGUUACAACCAUUUUCGCUCAAUGCAUUCCUUGAACAUGUUAUUACAAAAUUGAAGGCACAAAUAAUUUGAUUGGUUACAGGAGAAAAUACUGACCAAUCACAUGCUAAUACGCUCCUUUUUAAGAUGGAAAAUAUUCGUUACUAUAUGCUGUUGUGCGACUUUGAUAUUCGUUUGAUGUACAUCAAACGAUCAAACUGGUGUUUUCAUAUCGAGUAUCGAGGAUGCGUUAAUCUUGGUCAAUACAGGUAUGUAAAGUCACGUUCCCACGAUAAACCACGGAACCAAAGGGUAAACUGAUGAGCAAAUGCAUUUUGCAUAAGAUAAGGAAAUAUAAUAUUUCUUAUUGAGAUCAUUAUGACGAUCCUAAACCUGACCCAUCAUCUCACCAGGUCACCAAGGUCCAAAUGAUCGUUUAGGUUAUGCCAUACCGACGGCGUCCAAUCUUCAAUCAUUUUUUUCAACAACCCGUUAUAAGCCAUGAACUACGAAGGGGACUUUGACCAAAUUUGGCCAGAAACAUUCAUGGGCAACUCAAUUCUGUACGCAUAUGGGAUACACACAGGAUUUAAUGGUCUCGUCACUAAAAAGUGACUACAUGUUACACAACUAGGCUUUAAUGGUUUCGUCACUAAAAGAGACUACAUGAUACACAACUAGGAUUUAAUGGUCUCGCCAUUAUGAAGAGACAACAUGAUACACAACUAGGAUUUAAUGGUCUCGUCAUUAUGAAUAGACUACAUGAUAUACAACUAGGAUUUAAUGGUCUCGUCAUUAUGAAGAGACUACAUGAUACACAACUAGAAUUUAAUGGUCUCGUCAUUAUGAAGAGACUACAUGAUACACAACUAGGAUUUAAUGGUCUCGCCAUUAUGAAGAGACAACAUGAUACACAACUAGGAUUUAAUGGUCUCGUCAUUAUGAAGAGAAUACAUGAUACACAACUAGGAUUUAAUGGUCUCGUCAUUAUGAAGAGACUACAUGAUACACAACUAGGCUUUAAUGGUCUCGUCACUAAAAAGAGACUACAUGAUACACAACUAGGCUUUAAUGGUCUCGUCACUAAAAAGUGACUACAUGAUACACAACUAGGAUUUAAUGGUCUCGUCAUUAAAAAAGUGACUACAUGAUACACAUUUCAAUAAUCUGGUCGUUAAAACAUCUCAAGAUACGUAAGUGAUAUACAAAGGUGUAAAAUAAUCACAAGAUAACUUUGAAUGGUGCAGACAUAAGCUUCCCUUAAGCGUUACCUCUCAUCUUAAUGAUUGAUGGUCAGAAGUUAAUCUAUGAAUUCCAUUGUUUUUCUUAAGAGUUUGUAAUUUGGCACUCAAUUCUUCGAUAUAUAUAACUUGAAAUAUGUUAUCCAGGGGGUGUAUUGUAUUUAAAAGACUCUUUGAAACGAUCGAUGCCUUCUUACAUAGAAAGGGUACUAAUACGCAAUCAUGAUAAUCAUAUGAUAUAUCUGAUCAAGUUAGGUUCACUUAUUGCAACGACGAAAGCUAAGAAGUAAAUGUAUGACAAUUUGUUGUUCUUUGCUGGGGAACAAUACAUGCUACGGUAUAGUUCACUUUGCGUAAGAAAACAUGUGUUAUUUAACUGGUUUUCUAUGGUAUCAAUGUAUUCAACCUCUGAUAAAUAUACAACAAUGUAGCUUCAUUGUGAUAGCAUAUCCAUUAAAACUAUAGAUAUAUAAUAUUCAAUGGGAGGCAAUGUAUAAACAAAUAUUGCCUGUAUAUCGAUACAAUAAAUUACAGUAUAAUCAAUACAAUGAUAUAUGUUAUAUCUAUAUACUAUUAGGUUGUAACAUUUUAUGCUUAACCUGACACACAUGAAUGUGUUUAGAA